CGACCUAGCAYUGAGUUGUGUACAAGUUSUUGAUUGGAAUCGAAGAAGUUGAAUUACUGAAAAGAUUGACCAUGAAAUUUGCCGUUGCAACAGUCUUCGUUUUUGCUGCUCUAAUUGCCGAKAUCGCUGCACAACAUUUUAACCAUGAUAAUCCCAUCGUAAUGAGAAUAAAAAGAGAAUGCAGAUCAACGUGGAACUGUGGGAAAAGAUUGACGCAAUAUCUUGUUGACAAGGCGAACGAAGAGCGCGAAUCGCCAGAAGACGAGGAUGCUCCUCUAAUAAUGAGAAUCAAAAAACGCUGCAGAUCGACGUGGAACUGUGGAAAGAAACUAACCCGUGUCCUCGAAGACGACGCUGCAUUGGCUGAGGUUGAUGACGAUAAUGGCCCUGUUACUCUCCGAAUUAAAAAGAGAUGUAGAUCCACCUGGAACUGCGGUAAAAGGCUGACAAAGUUCCUCGAAGAUGAAGCCACCGAGGAGCGCCGUUUGGCCGAAGUUAAUGAUGACAGUGGCCCUAUUAAUCUCAGAAUCAAGAAAAGGUGCAGAUCGACUUGGAAUUGCGGCAAAAAGCUGAGAGAGUUUCUUGAAAAAGAAAUCUAGUUCGUGUCUACUAUUAUUAUGUAAUAUGAAUUCUUUUUCUUUUUUUAGCAAGAAUGAUGUUUUCGUAAAUAAUUGUGAGUACAUAUACCAUACCAAUAAAAACCUUUUAAAUG